UGCUAGAGGGAAAAUGGAUUCUUUAUUUCACGUCCUGGUUUCUACCUGUAUUGCCUUGACAUUCUCAGAAGGGUUUCUGAUUAUCCAUGUCCAGAAACAGCAGUGUCUUUCAGAAAAGAGAGGAGUUAUUAUGGAAAAGUGCAAUAUGACCAACAUCAACCAGCAGUGGCAGUGGACAGAAGAUGACAGGCUCCUCCACGUGAAAUCUGCCCAGUGCCUGAGCAUCUCUACACGCUCUGCCCUGUCAUCUCGCAGCAUCAUUGUUGAUUGUCCUCAGGCAGUCAGAUGGACUUGCCAUGAGGAGGAUGGGCUCCUGAGGGUGGCCAACAGCUCUCUCUUUCUCACAAAGCAAGGUCAGAAGGUAAUGGCCAAGCAGAGUAAGAAAUACCUUCAUACAUGGAUGCAGCUAGAAGCCAGCGAGACGGGAAAACCUGUUUAUGUAAAUCUGUGCUCAAAGCAAGAUCUCCAAGAUGCAGACACUUCUGUAUGGAGUACUAGAACUACAUCCCCCCCUUUAAAUGCCGUUACCUCUAGGCCUGAAAAUCUGCUGAAGAGUAGCACAGAGAUGCUAAUCAGAAAUGUGACUGAACACUUCAGUAAAAAUCUCAUUGAAAACCUCUACUUUGACUUGAAAUCUGCAGUAACAGAGAAAGCCUGGAUUCCAACAAGUACUCUUCAAUAUUCUAGCACUACAGAAGAGAAGGAAUUGGGCUGCCAGCCCGCCCCCACGGGCAACGGCUCCUACGGCUGCACCCUGCGGGGCCUGGAGGCCGGGACCUGGUACCGCCUCCGCGUCCAGCCGCUCGCCGACGGGGAGGCUGUCAACAUCUCCGUGCGGACAGAUCCCUUACCACCACCUCGUUUUGAAGUUAAUAAGGAAAAAACUACACUCACAAGCUUGCAGGUUCAGUGGGAGCCUUCCUCAGGAAAGGUGGACUUGUAUAACCUAGUAUUACUUGAUCGCGAUAAUAAAAAGAUACAAGAAGUCUCCAUACCAGGAAGAAUUUCAAAACCAGAAAAUACUUUUUCCAGUCUCAUCCCUGGGAAUAAAUACAACAUUGUCCUCAGUGCAGUUGCUGGAAAUAAGAGUACCCCAGAACUUCACAUAAGUGGAUCUACUGUGCCAUCCCCUGUGAAAAAUGUUCAGGUUACUGUCAAGACAGACACUAUCCAUGCUUCAUGGUCUCCUGGCUCCGGGCACGUGGAUCGUUACAGGCUGGUGUUACUGGAUAAUCAUGUCCCCAUUCAUGAGAUUGACCAAGAAGACCCUCUGACCUCCUACACUUUUUCAGGACUUACAGCAGGCCACCUGUAUAACCUUACUAUCAUAACCCAGGCUGCAGGAUUGGAGAGCAGCAGUUUUCAAACAGUCAGGACAGCCCCAGCUGAAGUCUUAGAUUUGACAGUGACUAAUGAUGACAGCUUAGAUGCUUUAAAAGUUAAGUGGAGAAGACCUUCAGGAAACCUCAAUUUCUAUAAUAUCACCUUGUCUCAUCUCGGAUCAGUUAAAGAAGUCAAAACUCUACAGCCACCGGUCACAGAGACUCACUUUGACAAGCUAACUCCAGGACGCCUUUAUCAGGUUACUGCCCGCACAAUCAGUGGUGAUCUGUUUACUGAUCGAAUGGCAACUGGCAGGACAUUUCCCCAGAAAGUUUCUGAGCUGAAAGCCGGUGGUGGUGGGUGGCUGAGGUCCCUGCGAGUGAACUGGCUGCCCCCUGCGGGAGACUGGGAGAGGUACCGCCUGCUCCUGUGGAACAGCUCGGCCCUGGUGCUCAACACCACUCUCGAGAAGGACACCACCGAAUACCUCAUCCCCGACGUGGGCCUCAUCCCAGGGAGGCAGUACAAUGUGGACGUCAUCGUGGAGAGUGGCGAUUUGCAGAGCAAGACUAGCUGCACGGGGAGAACAGCUCCAGAGCCUGUUCUCCAGCUCCGUGUGAAGCAUGCUAAUGAAUCUUCACUUAGUGUCAUGUGGAUGACCCCUGUUGCGGAAUGGGACAGAUAUGUGGUUUCACUGGGAGACAGGGAUCUUGCUGUCAUAAAAAAAGGACUUGCAAAAGAAGCUAAGGAAUUCACAUUCACUGACUUGGUACCUGGAAGAAAAUACACAGCUACCAUCACUACUAUUAGUGGGAUUUUAAGCAACUGGACUUCAGUGGAAGGAAGAACAGUGCCAGCCCAAGUGACUGCUCUGACUGUGGCAAGUCAGGGAUCAACCAACAGCUUGUUUACCAACUGGACAAGAGCACUGGGAGAUGUAGACUCAUACCAAGUGCUAUUGAUUUAUGAGAAUGUUGUCAUUAAAAAUGAGACUGUUCCCAGUGAAACCAACAGAUAUCACUUCUACCCCCUGAAACCUGGAGGACUCUAUUCAGUUGUUGUCACUACUGUCAGUGGGGGGAUAUCUUCAAGGCAAACAAUUGCAGAGGGGAGGACAGUUCCUUCCAGUGUGACUGGAGUAACAGUAAAUAACUCAGGUCGCAGUGACUACCUCAGUGUUUCUUGGCUGCCAGCUUCUGGAGAUGUGGACAGUUAUUUGGUAACACUCUCUCACGAUGACCAGAUUGUUCAGACUCUCACCAUUUCCAAAUCCUUCAGUGAAUGCUCCUUCAGCAGCCUUACUCCUGGGACGCUUUACAAUGUGAUGAUAACCACAAAGAGUGGGAAGUAUGAAAAUUAUUCCUUUGGCCAGGAACGAACAGUCCCUUCAAGUGUUCAGGGACUUACUGUCAGCAAUUCAGCCAGAAGUGACUACUUGAAGGUGUCCUGGUUACAUGCCUCUGGAUAUUUUGAUAAUUAUGAAGUAAUCAUCAAGAACAACAAUGAUUUCAUCCAAACAAAAAGUGUCCCAAAGGAUGAAAAUGAAUGUGUGUUCACUAAUCUGGUCCCAGGGAGGCAGUACAGUGUCACAGUCAGUACACGGAGUGGGAAAUAUGAAACUAGUGAAAGGAUCUAUGGCAGAACAAUGCCAGAGUCAGUGAAGGAACUGAUUCUUAGUAACAGGAGCACAGAAGAUCUGCAGGUAACUUGGUCAAAGGCUGAGGGAGAUGUUGAUAAAUAUGAGAUUCAGCUCCUCUUCAAUGAUAUGAAGAUCUUCCCACCCAUUUUCCUUGGGAACACCAUUGAGGAGUAUUGGUUCACAGCUCUGACUCCAGGACGUCUAUACAAAAUUCUUGUCUUGACCAUCAGUGGAGAUGCACAACGUGCUACUUUCAUAGAAGGCCUGACAAUUCCAAGUGUGGUCAGAAACAUUCAUGUGUCACCUAAUGGGAUGACAAACAGCCUGAAAGUGAGCUGGACUCCUGGAGGUGGAGAUGUUGAUUCCUACACAGUGACUAUAUUUCAACAAAACCAUCAGCUUGAUUCUCAGAGUGUCUCCAAACACGUCUCUGAGCACAUGUUUCACAAGUUGGAAGCUGGGGAGCAGUACCGGGUGGUGGUGCAAUCUAACAGUGGCACCUUGCACAACAGCUUAGCAGCUUUUGGGAGAACAAUUCCAGCCUCUGUCCAGGAAUUACUAGCCCAUCAUGCUUACAGCAGUCAUUCCUUGUUAGUAACCUGGCAGAAAGCUCCUGGUGUAGCUGAAAGGUAUGACAUUCUGCUCUUGAACGAGCAAGGAAUCAUCCUGAGCAACAAAUCAGAGCCAGCUACUGCCAAACAGCACAAAUUUGAAGAUUUAUUAGCUGGCAAGAAGUAUAAAAUACAAGUUUUGACAGUCAGUGGUGGACUCUUCAGUAAACGAGCAGAAACUGUUGGUCGAACAGUUCCAGCAGCUGUCACAAAUCUGAAGGUCACAGAGAACACCACUGACCGACUGUCCUUCAGCUGGACCACCUCACAAGGGGAACUUGAUUCAUAUGACAUCUUCCUAUACAACCCAGACAAGUCCCUUCAUGCCAGGAUUUCAGGAGAGCAGCACCUUCAUCAGUGUUCAUUCCAGAACCUGCGGCAAGGCAGGAUGUAUCGAAUGGUCAUUGUUACCCACAGUGGAGACCUCACUAACGAGUCGUCUGUCUUUGGAAGAACAGUACCAGCCCCAGUUGUUGGUCUCAAAGCAUCCAACCGAAACAUGACAGACAGUCUGUGGUUCACCUGGGCUCCAGCGGCAGGAGAUGUUGAUUUCUAUGAGCUGAAUCUUUACAACCCAAAUGGGACACAGAAAGAAACAUGGCACAAGAAAGACCUGAAAGAGUGGCAUUUCCAGGGGCUCAUUCCUGGCAGAAAGUACACUCUGGUUGUGGUGACUCACAGCGGUGACCUGACCAACACAGCAAACACUGAAGGAAGAACAGCACCUAGUGCUCCUAACACUGUAUCAUUUACUGAUGUUGCAAACACUUCUUUAUCAAUCACUUGGCUGGGUCCUCCAGACUGGACAGACUAUGACGAUUUUGAGUUGCAGUGGUUUCCAAAGGAUCCCCUUACAGUAUUCAAUCCAUACAGCAGCAGCAAAUCUAAAGUACGCAUCAUCUAUGGCCUGCGACCAGGAAGACUCUAUGAGUUCAGUGUCAGAACUGUCAGUGGUGACAGCUGGAAGACAUACAGUCAGUCACAGUCUGCAAGUGUGAGAACAAAACCAGAUAAGAUACAAAGUCUUCAUUGUCGGCCCCAGACCUCUACUGCCAUUGCAUGUUCCUGGACUCCUCCUGAUUCUGACUUUGAUGGAUAUAGCAUCGAAUGCAAAAAAAUGGACACUCGUGAAGUGGAAUUUUCUAAAAGGAUAGAAAAAGACAAAUCUCUGCUUAGUAUCAUGACCCUCGUUCCCCACAAGCGGUAUCUGGUGUCCAUCAAGGUGCAUUCUGCAGACAUGACAAGUGAAGUAGUUGAAGACAGCACCAUCACAAUGAUUGACCGUCCACCUCAGCCACCUCCAGAUAUACGAGUGAACAAAAAAGAGGUGCUGAUUACCAAAUCCUCCAUCAACUUUACUUUUAACUGCAGCUGGUUUAGUGAUACUAAUGGAGCUGUGAAGUACUUUACCGUGGUGGUGAGAGAGGCUGAUGGUAGUGAAGGACCAAAGCCUGAUGAGCAGCACCCAUUACCUUCCUACCUGGAGUACAAACACAAUGACUCUAUACGCAUCUACCAGACAAAUUACUUUGCCAGUAGAUGUGCUGAAAACCCUGACAGUGACUAUAAAAGCUUUGACAUUAAGCUUGGAGGAGAAAUGGAAAAUCUGGGAGGAAGGUGUGAUCCAGAUCAUGAAAAAUUCUGCGAUGGACCUCUAAAGCCUCGGACUUCUUAUAGGAUCAGCAUACGGGCUUUUACCCAGCUCUUCAGUGAAGACCUGAGAGAACUCCCUACACCGCUCUUUACAGACACCUUCUUCUCUUUACCAAUCACUACAGAGGCAGAGCCUCUAUUUGGAGUUAUUGAAGGUGUGAGUGCUGGCUUGUUUCUGAUUGUGAUGUUAGUGGCUGUUACUGCUUUAUUUGUCUGCAGACAGAAAGUUAGCAAUGGCCACGAGAGACCUACAUCAAGGCUGAGCAUUCGCAGGGACAGGCCACUGUCAGUCCAUCUGAACUUGGGGCAAAAAGGGAACCGGAAAACUUCCAGUCCGAUCAAAGUCAGCCAUUUUGAAGCACACUUCACCAAACUUCAAGCAGACUCCAACUACCUCCUGUCCAAGGAGUAUGAGGACUUGAAAGAUGUGGGUCGAAACCAGACAUGUGACAUAGCACUUCUGCCAGAGAACAGAGGGAAAAAUCGAUACAAUAAUAUAUUGCCCUAUGAUACAUCAAGAGUGAAGCUUUCCAAUGUAGACGAUGACCCUUGCUCAGACUACAUUAAUGCAAGCUACAUACCAGGCAAUAAUUUCCGCAGGGAAUACAUAGCUACUCAGGGCCCUUUGCCUGGCACCAAAGAUGAGUUCUGGAAGAUGGCAUGGGAGCAAAAUGUUCACAACAUUGUCAUGGUAACCCAGUGUGUUGAGAAGGGCCGGGUGAAGUGUGAUCACUACUGGCCCCUUGACCAGGAUUCCUUGUACUAUGGAGACCUGAUCGUUGAGAUGCUGUCUGAAUCAGUGCUCCCAGAAUGGACAAUACGAGAGUUUAAAAUCUGCAGUGAAGAGCAGCUUGACUCAACGAGGCUCAUUCGUCACUUCCACUACACUGUCUGGCCAGAUCAUGGUGUGCCAGAGACCACCCAGUCCCUGAUCCAGUUUGUCAGAACUGUAAGGGAUUAUAUCAACAGGACCCCAGACACAGGACCAACUAUUGUGCACUGCAGUGCUGGUGUUGGCAGGACUGGCACAUUCAUUGCACUGGACCGAAUUCUGCAGCAGCUGGAUUCAAAGGACACUGUUGACAUUUAUUCAGCAGUACAUGAUCUGAGGCUACACCGGGUUCACAUGGUUCAAACAGAGUGUCAAUAUGUGUAUUUACAUCAAUGUGUGAGAGAUGUGUUAAGAGCCAGAAAACUUCGCAGUGAACAAGAAAAUCCCUUGUUUCCAAUAUAUGAAAAUGUGAAUCCAGAAUAUCACAGAGAUGCUGUUUAUUCAAGGCACUGAGAAUGUUACAGAAAUCUGCUUUUGUGACCACAGUUUGUUAACUAGGGGUUUUGUGGUUUGUUUUUUUUAAUGUAUGUACUUCAUGCACUAGAAAGGUGCCAGACCUUUCUGUUGAGACUGUGUAUAAUUUAUUGGUCUGGUGAUUUUUUAAAAGAUAUAUAAUUUAAGUGUAAUAGAUAUUAAUGUAUAUAAUUGUAUUUUGGCAUUAUGUAAAUAUGUAUUUUUUUCUAUAUUGUUAAUAUUAAGCUUCAGAUAAUAUUUUUUUUCUUAUCACAGGUUUAUGAACUGUUCUACAUAAACUAUUUUAAAUUGUAUGGCAAACAGGGCUGCUGCAUUUAGAGCAGCAUUGGCAUGUAACACACAGGAAAAAUCCUAUAAGGAGAACCUCUUUUUUUUUUUUUUUAACUCGUUCAGUGUUUGUGAGAUGAAAUAAGCUAUUAUUAAGCAAGGGAACAGUAGUCCUUUAUAGGAAUUAUAAUGCUACUCUACACUAAACUUACUGCUUUUGAUCUGAUGAAAAUGGGUAUAACCCAUAACACAAUGGCAUACCUUUUACAGAACUCAUUAACAGCCAAGCAAAAGAGAGUCCACCUUACUAGAAGCAACUAUUUCAGUCUAAUGUGACAUAGGAGAAAAAUAUCAAACAACAUGCUGCCGUGAAGUCUUAUCAGACCUUUCUCCCUCACACACUUUGAGGGGAGACAGGUCACAUUCUGAUUUCUUUACACUGGUUUAAGAGAGCAGAAUCAUACCACAGCCCAUGUCUCUGCAUUUUCAUGUGGGUAUAAUUACAAUACGAAAAGUGUUCAAGGAAAUGCCUCAGACAUUCAUGUUAACAGCCGUGUAAGGAUGUGAAAUCUGGCAACAUCCAUAGCUUAUUAAAAACAAUGCUGUAUCAUGACAGCUAAAAAGGUAGAGAGAUUAUAAACAUAUUGAAGUAUAGACAUAUAAAGGUAUAUAUCCUUCAGUUUACACAACUGGCUUCAGCCUUAAGCUGCUUGCAGCAUAGAUGCCUUGGCCCAAGUGUUGGUCUCCUUCGAAUGCCACUUGCUUUCACAAAGGGAAAGCAUGGGUCCAGCAUGUCCUCAUAGAAAGACUCCUCCACAGGUGUUGCCUGAAGUCACCUCCGCAAGAGGAGCUGGAAUAGAAAAAGGCUUAUCAGUAAACCAGGGGAUGUAAGCUGGCCAGCCUCUGCUAAUCAUCCGAUGACUCAAAGCAUUCAGUGAUUAGCAAGGAGUACAAUCAAAGAGCACUCACCAGGUAUCCUGCCCAGCCAAGCAGAUUAGGCACAUCCUCUCUCCUCUGCAAAGAGACUUCUCAUUCAAGGGAGUGAAGACUCUCUUUCAGCUAUUCUUUGUCUUUAUAAAAUGCUCUUCAAACAAAUAGAGAAGAGACAGUACACAGUUUUUCUUCAUCACAAAAAGAAGGGCUUGAUAGUUCUUACACCCAGACUUUACCUAGAGAAAACUUAGACUGCUGCUGGACCUAAAUUCCACUUUUAUUUUGGAAAGAAAAAUACUUCUGAAGGCCACCUGAGAACCAGCCAAUAUACCUAAGUGUCUAACUGAGGAACUGCUGUGGCCCUGGGCCAAGACUACUGUGAUUUCACCAUGACUCUCCUUGCGGUAGGAACACCUGCUUGACAGUGGCUGAAGAAAUCUGCUAGGCAGCUCUGAUGUAGUUUUCUUACACUGUUCCAAAGCAGAACCAGCAGGAUUAUGCACAUCCAUGUCACUGGUUUUCUUAGAAAGAAGGAAACAGCUUGAUAGUCACUUUUCCUCCCUACUCCUUCUGGAGUCUCAUCCUUUCUUGACCAAAUAUCCUCGUGUGCCUCAGAAGCUGCCCUUCAUAUCAGCUUUCACAGCUGCUCAGAACAUGUAAGCUUGAUUAGCCUUUUAGGCAUCUCUGUAUGAAAAUACUGUUCAUUCCUCUUAUACAUCCUCUUUGGCCCCACACAAACCUCAAGAUUCAUCACCCUUAGUGGGAUCUGAAGAAGGGAACUGGCAUCAUAGUGGGAGCCAUUUUCACAGAGGAAACUAAGCAAAACCACAAAGAAAUGUGCAGUUUUUCUCAGACCCCUUUUUAAUCUGUUUUCUUUGCUAGGUAGACUAGGUUAGCAAGCAAGGACAAACAAGCAUAGCAGCUUCAGAUCGAUCAUUGACCCUGCUAAUAGCAGCUGAACUUAGGGCAUCAUGAAAAUUGCCAUUGUGUUACGUGCACUGCAUUUAGUCCUUUCUUUUUGCAGUGGUAGCUGAGGAACUAACCAUGUUAGUUACCAGCAGUACAAUUACACUGUGAAGACAUACCAAAUGUACCCUGUAAAUUAUCUCACACUCUAUAGCACUGUGUCAUUUUUUAUGCUGAGGGAAAUGGAACUCGCUCAGUAAUAUAUUAUCUGAAGGCAAAAGUCUGAUUGUACACUAUGUAUGUGUGUUGUUCAUCAUUUUCAGAAAGACACACAUAGUUCUGCUCUUUGUUUUAACAUUGUUUCUCAGCUCCCUCCUCCACACCUACAGAGUUCACAAAUGUGCACCCAAAAUGGUGAUGUCGUAGCAGACAGCUAUUUUCAUCUUUUCUCUCAGCUAAUUAUGAACACAAUUCGUAAGCCUCUUCCUCUUCAUCACUUAAUAACAUGACAGAUGACCUUAAACACUCUGUCACAAUGCUCUUCAGCAGCUUUACAUCUCUGCCUAGCUAGGUCACACGUGAGACUGUAUAUACACAUUAUUGCUCUGGUUCUGCUUUCUAGCCAAUUCUGCUCACAUGAAACCAGUGUAAAUCCACUGAGAAUAAGUAAAAAGUAUCUAUGUAGCAUUUUAAGACACCUACUUAUCAGUAUAAUUAAUUACAUUUACUGUGCCUCUGAGCUGAGUAACAGGACUGAUGGGAAAUUGUUAAUGUAACAAGAAUGGACUUGAAGGAGCCUGUGUACUGGACAAAGACAUCUCUUAAGGAGAAAGACACCCUCCACGUAAGAGGAUGUUUCUCUUUUGAAUGUCCACAAAUGAUGUUCAGAAUUCCCUUCUUGAUGUUUCCCAAUAAUAAUGUUAUAAAGCAAGGUUAGUCUUGUCGCUGAUCCAUAAGCUAAGAUUUGCACACUUGGAGCCCAGUCCUGUGAAUCUCUGCAUUAUCCACAAAGCUACUUGAGUACUUUCAUGAAAGUCAACUGGAAUGCUUGCCUGAAGAAUACCAUUCCACUUCUGAAGCACUUGCAGGGUUGGGCUUUUAGGUUAAUUCAAAUUUUUGUAUUGAAAGUUAUUUAAUAAUGAAAAAAUUUAAUAAAUGUUUUUAAUCUGUGCAAUACAAUUACAAGAUCCACUACCAAUUGUAAAAAAAAAAAAAAAAUGCAUAGCUGGAGUUGAUAAAUGAUAUUUUUUAUUACUAAUGGAACACAAAAGUGGAUGAGAGAAAUAGGCAUACUGUGAAGAUGUCAUAAAAGUGCAACUUUAUACAUUUUUCUCUGCUGCUAUAGUUAUUUAUACAGCUUAUAUACGUGCCUAAAAUUGCCAGAAAUGUUAUUUUAUGUAAUGAUAUAUUAUGAAUUUCCUUUCAGUUGUAGAACAAAGAAAAUGUGUGAGCUUUAAGUUUCUAUUAUGUAUUGUAUAUGGUUAUUUACACUUUGACUUUGAAAGAAAUAAGUUAAAUACCAGACAGAUAGGACUACAUGAGCACUUGGUCAUGCUCCUCAGCCUGGAAGUCAGUAUGAGAACAGUAACCAUCUAAUCACUAUAUUAGCAUCUCCUCACAGGGCCACAGAUCAGAGAAAUACAUCUGACAUUCAGAUAUAAAGCCUACCGCAGCCCCAGCUUCCAAGGAGAGGCGUGGCAGGUGCUUACAUUUAUUCAGAUUUUAUUCAGUACUUCAGACAUGCAGUUUGUGUGAAUAAAAUGCAAUACAGAAUGACCACCACUCCACAGACAUUCGGGCUCUGGAGCUGUGAGCUCUGGGACCUAUAGUCCCAGGAGGCUGCAACUUUGAACAGAAGCUGAGUGUGCACCCCAGUACUCGGGCAGUUUGCUGUGUAACUCCAUGCCCUCAACUGUUUGACUGAUGAAGUCAAACUCUUGACCUGUUGGUAGCACCACUAUGGCCAAAGCAAACGGGUCUGUUACCAGUGAGCUUGCAGAUCAACAGCUAGUUCAGACCAGGAUUUAGUUGUUAAGACUGGCAGGAAAUACUGAAGACUAGGGAUGAGCUAAAUUUAGCAAAUGCUGUGGAAUUUGGGCACAUAAAGUGUCAAUGAUGCUGACAGAUUGAUAUGCAUGAUGGUUUGGUUGUUUCUUGGAUUAUUUGAAAGCUAAAGAAAUACUGUAAGUAACGUCAAGUAGCUAAGUAUAUAUUGCUCUACAGAAGGGCAGUAUGUUUUAGGGAAAAAACCCACAAUUUUGAAAUGUGGCUAGCCAUAAAUUCUUUGCCAGUGCCUGGAGUAAAGCGUCUGAAAAACAUCUUCAGCACAUAUUCCAUUCUCAUAUGCUAUAUAAUUACUUAAAUUUGUGUUCCUAACAAACACUGGGUGAACACAGAAUUGUGCUACUAUUGUCAAUUUAAUUUAUGCAUUCAUUAAGUAUAUUUUUAUAUUUUUAGCUACAGUCAACAAACGAAAUAUAUUUGAACAUAUUUUACACAUUUUUAUAAAUAGUUCAUGAA